GCGCAAUGCGCCAGGGGAUACAAGAUUUUUGAGGGGGUAUUGAAUUGGUUACAACACCGGCCCAGAAAAUAGCAAGGGUCGUGAAGAGAGGACAGAAUAAGAUAAAGCACAAAAAUCCCUGCUAAAAAUACAGAAAACAGAAGGCAAAAGAAUCCGACAUUGUCUACAUUCAGUCCCCUUUUCUAAAAAAAAAAAGAAAUACAUCAAAACAAGGUUCCUGCGAUACAUACUUUCGUAACAGCAAUGUACCGUUUUAUCUCAGAGGAUAGAAGCACUGAAAGCGGAUAGCUGACAUGAAUGAGACACCAGCAGCCCUUGAGUGUGUGUUCUGACAUGGAAUAACACAAACCACCACAUGAAAACAUGAGGAGCAGUGUGUUUCUCUCUAGAGGUGCUUGUAGGUUUACUGCUUUGAUUUCAGUUGUAUUACUUUUCUUAGCAUACAUAAGCAUUACUGUAUCAAAGACCAAGCAGAAGCCAAGCGUGUGGGAUGGGUAUAAUGUCGAUCCCAACCGUGUGAAGCGUGUACAAACCUUUGUAACUGAAGUCUUGCAGAGGAAAUGCAAGCGGUCUUCCACCAGAAAAAAUAUGUCCGCUCUCUUCCCUGGCCGAUACAAGCAAGAUAUCCCCCCUUUCCUAAGGAAAAACCACGUUAUGGGCAAAGAAGUGUUCAAAUACCCACCGCCAUUUGGUUUUCAAAGCAUGGACAGGAAACUAAAGGAAGUUCUGGACCUUUUCCCCAAGGCUCCACGGGAGGAGAGGAGUGUGAAGUCCUGCAGCCGCUGUGUGGUGGUGGGAAGUGGUGGUAUCAUGCGUGGGCUGGAGAUGGGCCAGCUUUUGGAUCAGUUUGAUGUUGUUAUCAGAUUGAACAAUGCUCCAGUUCGUAACUUUAUUAAAGAUGUAGGCAACAAAACCACUAUCAGGAUGAGUUAUCCAGAGGGAAGCCCCAAAUUUUGGGAUGACGUCAAUCCUAAGACCCUGUUUGUGACUGUCAUUUACAAAACAGUUGACAUUAACUGGUUGAAAGCCAUGAUUAAAAGGGAAAAAGUGUCUCUAUGGGAUAGGUUGUUUUUUUGGCAGGAGGUGCCAAAGGAAAUCCCCAUAGGAACAUCCCAGUUUCGAAUCCUGAACCCUGAGAUCAUUGGUCAAACAGCGGUGGACCUUCUCCAGUUUUCAGAACCACGGAGGACAUUUUGGGGGUGGGACCAGAAUGUGCCUACGCUGGGGGUCACUGCCAUAGUCCUGGCCACAUACCUGUGUGACGAGGUCAGCCUGGCCGGGUUUGGAUAUGAUCUCAAACAGCCCGAGGCUCCACUGCAUUACUAUGAAGACAGACGCAUGGACGCCAUGAAGGAGCAAACCAUGCACAACGUGGAUACCGAGAAGCAAUUCCUAGAAAAACUGGUUAAAGCCGGAGCAAUCACUGACCUCACAGGAGGAGUACACUGCAGCUUCUGUGAAAACUAAAAUCUAGCAUUAGUUGCAUUGCUGUGAAUCAAUGGAAACCUGUGUGAGGGUUAUCCAAAAUACUGUAACCCAGCAAAAAUGAAUGGUUCCAUUUGUCAUAUAAUGUUUGAAUAAACUUAGAAUGUGUUUGUAAAA